UCCAAUCUCCUCCGUAGUUUGUUCCCCGUCCCAUCCUCCUUGGCCUCAAGCUAGACCAUCAACCCACCGCCCUCGGCCUUGCGAUCCCUCUUUCGGCGCCGCCACACGCAUCUGCUGGAUGCCGCCGAUCCCAGCGUCAGGCCCCCGCGUCGUUCCCGCCCACCACAAAUCCACUGUACAGUCCGUGCAGUGUUGGCAAGCAGACAGCGCCGCGCCGCGUCCGAGUCUGCUCGUUUCAGGACCCCCGAGUAUUUACCUCCUUGACGAUACGUCCUCAGAAUCGCAACCAGAAGACGGUACCGCCCACCGCAGCCGAAUCAGCCGAUGCCCGCCGCCGCGACUCUUUAGCGGCAUCUGUAAUAAAACCGCCACUCGUUUCGAUCGUCCCGAUUUUAGAAUCUCCUCCAUAGGCUGUCGAUCUCGGGGCCUCGCUCUGUUUUACUCGGACUCGUAUAGUCUCGAGUCGCCAUACUCUGGGUUCGAUCCUCAGAUCAGGGCGACAUGGCUGGAUAUCACAGACCUCUGAGCUUCUCGGAGAGGCGAGGGAGUACGUUCAAUGGCGAGGAGUUGAGCCUCAACACCGCGGGCGGCGUCAAACUUCAACAACCUCGUCCUCCCCGGGGCCCGCCGACACCGAGCAUGAAUACCCCCGCAGCCGACUUUGACCAGACCCUCACAGGGUCGCCGCCUCCUCCUCCUACGCCUGCUGCCUCCCCCGGCCCGUCACAUAGCCAGCUUGACUGGAGCAAUGCUGCCGAUGACGAAGACUUUUUCCUCGCCAAAGUGCGCCAGCACUUCCAGAACUGCACCGGACCCCAGCGGACCCGGGUCCUCGCCGACCUCCUGAACCUCUGCACAAGUCAGCAGCUCAGCUUUGUCCACCAGUUUGUCAGCCCGUUGCUGAAGAAGGACCCCUUCACAAGCCUACCCGAUGAGCUGUGUCUCAGGAUUCUCUCAUUUAUCGAUGACCCCAAGGUCCUCGCCAGGGCUUCGCAGGUCUCCAGGCGUUGGAGAGAUCUUUUGAGUGACGACAUGACGUGGAAAAACCUGUGCGUGAAGCACGACUACGGACGUAGGUUGUCCGAGGUGCAACCGCCAGCAUCUAGCCACUCGCUCAGCCGCCCCUCUGCUUUCCCUCUCAGUGUGGGAGACUCCGAGGUCUCGAAUCGGAGCUUCCCAGGGGCCCUUCCCAUGCCCUCGUUGCGGCUGCCCACUUCUCCCAGCUUCGACGGGGUGUCGCCAUCACUGCCCUCAUCUCGUCCGACUCUGAAAACGUACAAGUCCCAUUUCAAGCAAAGAUAUCUCGUGGAUGCCGCUUGGAGAACCGGAGGCCAGAACGUGACUCGCAAUAUCACCCAGGAAGGGGGGGUUGUGACAAGCCUUCAUCUCACACCAAAGUACAUUAUCGUGGCCUUGGAUAACGCCAAGAUUCAUGUGUUUGAUACGGAGGGGAAUGCCCAGCGCACGCUUCAGGGCCAUGUCAUGGGAGUUUGGGCCAUGGCUCCCUGGGAAGAUCUUCUCGUCAGCGGCGGCUGCGACCGCGACGUCAGAGUCUGGGACUUGUCUACUGGGGCAUGUCUCCACACCCUUCGUGGCCAUACCUCGACCGUGCGGUGUCUCAAGAUGUCCGACUCUAACACGGCGAUAUCGGGUUCGCGGGACACUACUCUGCGUGUUUGGGACAUACGGUCGGGGCUCUGCCGCAACGUUUUGGUCGGUCAUCAGGGUAGCGUGAGGUGCUUGGAGAUCAAGGGCGACAUUGUUGUUUCUGGCAGCUAUGACACGUAUGCCAAGGUCUGGAGCAUCUCAGAAGGUCGCUGCCUGCACACGCUCCAGGGUCACUACAGCCAAAUCUACGCCAUUGCGUUUGAUGGCUUUCGGGUCGCUACCGGAAGUCUCGACACUAGUGUUCGCAUAUGGAACGCAACGACUGGAGAGUGCCAGGCUGUCCUGCAAGGGCACACCUCGCUCGUUGGGCAGCUGCAGAUGAGAGGCGAGACCCUCGUGACCGGCGGAUCGGAUGGGUCGGUGCGGGUAUGGUCUCUAUCAAAGUUCUGUCCCAUCCACCGGCUUGCCGCCCAUGACAAUAGCGUCACGAGCCUGCAAUUCGACGAUACGCGAGUUGUCAGUGGUGGGAGCGAUGGGCGGGUCAAAAUAUGGGAUCUGAAGACGGGCCAUCUCGUGCGCGAGCUCGUCGCCCAGUGCGAAGCCGUGUGGCGUGUCGCCUUCGAGGACGAGAAAUGCAUAGCGAUGGCAUCCAGAAAUGGAAGAACCAUCAUGGAGCUAUGGUCCUUCUCUCCACCGGAAGAGAUCAUGAACGAGCGGCCACUUUCUCUUCCCCAGCGGCCACACGAGACAUCUACUCGGCCAAUGAGUGCCUUGCCUCUCGACUACAGGAAAUCACAUACUUUGAUUCCUGGCAUCCCAAGACGAGAUAGCCAAGACGUCGACAUGAGGGAUGCCGGCCCCUCAACUGCACCUUUACAGCAAGGCAACGCAUCUUUCUUCCGGGAAGAUUAGCACACGGGUUUUCACGGGCUUUGACUUUUAUCGCCCUGAACAUAGGACGCUCUGUUAGGGUUCUGGGACGAACCAACGGUCCAUCAGCGCCAUGCGUCUAGUACAGUGUCACGAGACCCGACAGCCCAGUCAAGUUUUCUACAACAGUAUCAUUUUCUCGCAGCAUUUCUUCUCCUUCCCGACUUGUAUUUUUCCGCAUUGUCGACACUAAUGGGUUCUCGUCGUUUCACCUUUAUUUCAUUCUAUACUGGGCCGGGGUUUCUCUCAUAUCUUGCUUUCUCUUUGUUUCAUACUCCGCAUCAUCUGCCUCUGUUCCAAUUGCGCAUCGCAACAUCUCACAGCUCCAUGGUCCUGUUCGGCAUCUGGCUAGCGAUGGAAAGCAUUCUGGGUUAUAAAAACAUGGGUGGGCUGGUGGCAACGGCGAGCGAGGCGGGUGGGCUUCAUAUCACAGUACACUGUUGACAAAGUUCGGGUACAAGCUCGCGGCCGCCACAUCCACUCCAGGCGUUUAACUUUUUCUUCUUUUGUCGAUUUGAGAGCCUGCGGGAUUUGGAAUUUAUGUUUAUGCCAGUGGGUUAUAAGCGAUUUUACCUGGGCGGUUCGUGAUUGGAACUUGGUGCCGGCUCUCGGGACCUCCACCAGGAACCCAUCGGUUAGAAAGUUGCAAUUGGUCUGUAUUUGAUUUGAGGCCGG